CUUGCCAUCAUGGCAAUACCAUGUGAAAAAUUGCUAAACUCAAGCAGCAUACAGUUAUUGUUCAAGGCCCCUAUGAUGGGUUUGUACAACAACCUUCCAGCAUUUCCAUUUGCUAUUGCAAAUCCUUUUGUACACUUGGUAAAUCAAAUGAUGCUAGCAAGAAAAAUCCCACUGGUCCCAAUGAAACAACAUUCUUUAUUAUCGUUACCUCAUCCGCAACAAAUAUUAGCUUGCGCACAUGACCAUGGAGUGCUCUUGAACACAUUUCAGUUGCCGACCGGAUGCUUCACAACACUUGUGUGUUUCAAACCCGACGGCUUCAAAGCAGGAACCAAUCUUGAGUUGCCUGAUGCAUGGUGGCGUUUCGCCAAGGAGAGUAGUCAUUCGGCAAACAUUGUACAUUCAAAAGUAGUGACUGACAUUGCAUGUGGGGCCGAGAUAGUCAUCAGUCGAACACCAACAGAAGACAGAAAAUCAGAAGUUGAAGAGCCUGAGAUCAUAGAUGAUGUGGCGAAGAAAAAUGAGAACGUGUCAAAUGGAUUUUCAUGUGAACGGUGUGGGAAAGUUUUCAGUUACGAGUACUACCGAGACAAGCACUUGAAGUACACAAGAUGUGUGGAUAAUGGGAAUCGAAAGUUCCCGUGCACUAUUUGCAACAGGUCUUUUGAAAAACGCGAUCGACUGCGUAUCCACAUUCUUCACGUCCACGAGAACCACCGUCCUCAUGUUUGCUCCGUGUGCCAAAAAUCCUUCAGCCAGUCCAGUAGUCUGAAUAAGCACCUACGAGUUCACUCUGGUGAACGCCCGUAUAAAUGUUCAUUCUGCCCAAAAGCUUUCACUGCAUCUUCAAUUCUGCGGACACAUGUACGACAACACAGUGGUGAAAAACCAUUCAAGUGUGCUCAUUGUGGAAAAGCAUUUGCCUCCCAUGCCGCCCAUGACAGCCACGUUCGCCGAUCCCAUAUUACCGUAAUCUAACCAUUUUAUUUUUUUCACCCAACCUCGCCCUUAAAACGUAUUGUGUACCGUUAUUUUCUAUUUUUCUGAUGAUAAAAUGAAACGAUAAAUACUGACUA